UGCGAAACACCCACGUUUUUUUUAUCAGCUGUCGACGUUUCUUCGGCACAAAAAAAAACGAAAAUAAAACGCAUAAGGAAAAUAUUUGAUUCCGGGAGCCGGAUGCCAUGGAAUGAGCUAGUUUGACCAGCAGGAGAAUCCCAAUCCCAGUCCCGAGAUGACGGAGCAAGAGGAUUUGGCCAGCGGCGCAGGCAGUGCGUCCACGGGCUCGGGAAACAAUUGCCAAAACCAGCUGCAACAAUGCGUGCGUGGGAAUGUCACCUGGGAGCUUUUGCCCGUGCACCUGCGGUCCGUGCUGCACAAUAACCAGCGCGACUACGAGAAGUUUGUGUUUAACUACAGCCUGAAGAACCAGCUGCGAUUUAGGGGCAACCUGGCCGCCAAGGUGUUCCGCCGUGAGCAGCGUUACUACGAGCUCUUGGUACAGAAGAGCAUCAACGGGCUGGGGGCAUUCCCCUAUCACCUGGCUGAUAUCAUAACCAAGGGCUUGAGAGUCACGCCCUUCAACUACUACCUGGAUGUAUUGGGACAGCUGCUGAGAAGCGACAAAAGCUAUGACACAUUGCCCAACUUUACGGCAGCCGACUGCCUUCGAGUGCUGGGCAUUGGCCGCAAUGAGUACCUGGCCCUGAUCAGCGAUCUGAAAACCCACACGCCACGCUCCUUGAUCUUUGGCUCGCGGCCCAAUCCGCUGGACUUCCUGCCACGCUUUCCCGUGCGCAUCCACAUCGAGCCCUGGUGGCGACUGGACAUUGGGUAUGUCCUAGAAGCGGACAUCAGGUAUCUAACGCCAGCGGAGAGAGGAUUGCUCGACGAUCUCAUCGAUUUUGGUGGCCAGCCGGCUGGGAAAUGCGAUCACGAGGUGGUGCACAGCCUGUACAGGAAGGGUCUGAUCUAUUUGGAUGUGCCCAUCAGCGGUGAGGAUAGAAUAUCCAUUCCACCGCUGCGCAACUUUGUGAUGAACCGGGUGAGCGGCGAUUACUUCGAGAAUCUGCUGUACAAGAUUUUUGUGAGUGCGGAUGAGCACAUGACCAUCGCCGAGCUGGCGCACAUGCUGCAACUGGAGCUGGAUAGCGUGAAGCAGGCCAUAUCGUUCAUCUGUCGGCUGGGCUUUGCCCAUCGCAAGCAGGAUCAGCUGAAUCAGCCAAAUCAUUCCAGCUGGGAGGGUUACAACCAGCAACAAACACCCGAAACGCCGCAAAUCACACCGCUGAAUUACAACCUACAUGCCAGUGGCAGUUUCGAGUUCGACCAGAGUCCCAAGUCCCCAAAGACCCCAAGGGAAAGGGAAAGGGAGAAGGACAAGGAUAAGGACAGCAGUUCCAUAGGCUAUCUCUCCUCGGAUGGCAACACCAGUGACUUCAGCUUUGCCAAUCUGAAUACCACGCCCCAGGAAAAGAUGAACAACAGCGACGAACAGGAGCUGAGUUCGGAGCUGGAAACAGAGGAUGUGGCAAAGCAGGCUGCUCCUUCUGUUACUGCUCUGCCGAAAAGCGGAAAGAGGGUGGGCUUCCUGUUCGACUCCACGCUCACCGCAUUCCUCAUGAUGGGCAACCUAUCACCUGGCUUAAAGAAUCACGCUGUAACCAUGUUCGAAGUGGGCAAGCUGUGCGAGGAGAGUCUGGACAGCUUUCUGGCUGAAUUGGAGCAGGUUUCGCUUCUGGAUGCGGAGGGCGAGGGUGACGUCUCCCGCUACUUUGCCCACGCCGUCAUUCUGCGCUCUACCAUCUGCUCACUGCGGCAUUUGCUGCCAGGCGGGCUGGAUCUGCUGCGAUUGGAGUGCCUGGAGGGCUUGGAUCGGCAGACCAGAGAUCGCGUCCUGGAGAAGAAGUACAAGUUCAUCAUAGCAGCCUCGCCACUGACGGCGUCGCUUAGUCACACAUUCAGCAUUCCCUAUUUUGGCCAAUUCCUGCGCAGCUCCGAUGUGGCGCCCAUGUGGAGCAAGCUCUUUUACAACCAUAUCACAGGCUAUGGACCGCCCAGUUUGCUGCUCUGCCGAGGAACUGUUCUGAAGGCCUUGCCCCGCUUGUUUUUGGGCUAUGGAAAACUGCUGGUCAACAUCCUGCACUCUGAUUCGUAUGUGCUCAACUCGGAGAAUUUUCGCAACCUGAACGAUCAGCUCAAGAACGGCUGUGUGCUGCUGCAGGGCUAUGGAAUCCGCACAGCCGGCGUCCUUCACUACGAGUCAUUUCCAUUCCAGCCGGCGGACACGCGCCAAGCCAAGUGGGCCGCCCAUCGAGCCGUACGCAAACUGUCCAGCCUCUUGGACCUGCGCCAGCAGUGCGGCUUUAUAACAUUCCUGAACACUGGGGUGCCUGAUCUCGGCUGCGAAGAGUACGAGCUUCAGGUGCGAUUGAAGCCCGCGCAGCGCCAGAAGCGCUCUUCGAUUGCAGCCCCCAGCAAACCGAACCAUGUGCCAACCAACGAGGUGACCAGCUUUCAGUUGAAGAGCCCCGAUGAAAACCACUUUGCUGCCACGCCGGAACAUGGUCCGGCCAAUGAGUUCACCUCGCCGGAUUGCAGCCAAGUGCUGGCCAGCGAGUUGGCCAAGUGCAGCAGUCGUGCGGAUCUGGUGUCGCAGAGUUCCGUGGAGAUACCAAUGGCUCUGGAGGAGAUUGGCCAGGCAACAAACGAGGACGAGGACGACGAUGCCACUGAAGAGUGGACCCUGCUGGACGUUAGUUUUGGCGUGCCACUGUUCGAUGUGGAUACCAAUACGAGGAUUUGCGAGCAGUUGGUCCAGGGACUCUGCAGCGAUGCUAAUUUGGAGGCAUUGCCUGCGGCGGCCAGCCAGGCGCAGGUUCUAUUCCUGAACUUUGUGCAGCAGUGCCUGUACUUCGAGGACGAUCCGGUCGGACAGUCAGUGCAGGCCGCCAGGCCACUUCCGCAUCCUAGGAUCAACCUGGCCUUCGAGAACGGACAUGUGGGCCACUGGAACGGGCGCUAAGUUGCAUUCCCCAAGUAUUCCGCAUUCCUUUUACUUUCCCAGUUACUUAUCAGUUUGUGUACAGUUGGCGGACCGAUUUAUAAGCAAACAGAUUUAUAUUUAUAUAUACGUAUAUAUAACCGCUACCGCAUUCACAUAUGCUAACCAUCAGCCAAGUCAGCAUCGCAGUCUGAAAGUUUGCGUUCGUUUUUUAUUAGUUUUGUAAGCUCCCAGGGGUAGACAGAAAGAUAAAGAUUGGUUUUGUGCCCUCCAAUCAUAUACACAUGCAUAGCUUACAUACCAAUACAUAUAAUCAUGUAUGUCUGAAUAAAUGCAAUUUUAAAACUUAAAAA